GUGUACUUACUUAUCUAGAUCGAUUGAGCACGAUUCGACAUUCAAUAGAAGUCCUAAAUGACCCGGCUACACAUAAGCGCUGCAAGGGCAAUCAAGAAGAAAUACUUCUCGGUCAGAUUUUUCAAGCUGGUAGGCAAAAGAGAUCAAGUCCAGUCCUCAGAUUGUCCAGCUCAAGUUUGCGAGAAAGAACAAAACAUUGACGCUGAUAAUUGUCUACUGCCAGUGCUCGAAAAUGUGCCUAGCUCAGACCUGCGAGAAAGGAGGAAACAGCGACGGCGGCCUCUCCUGUCGUCGUAUCUCAGCCAUGUAAAAGUUAUGCCAACUAUCUUGGAAGAAGAUGAGUCUGAGGCAACACUCAGUUUUCCUGCUAAUUACGCAUUCCUUGGAGAGUCCCGAUCUCAUUCUGCUCUCCGAUGCUGCUAUCUCUAUCAACCAACGCCGGUGCUGUAAAUGCCUUCAUCUAUCAUUUGACUAGUUGGAAACUCAGAGCUAAGGACCAAGAAUGACAAGAUAAAAUACUUGAGAUGGAGCCCAAGCAACAUUUAAAUAUCAAAUCGCAUCUUAGAAAUGAGGCUCACUAAUUAUUUCCUCGUUACGAAUGCAGUGUUCUAUGUUACUUCUAAGGGUCGCAUGCACUAACAUCCCCGUCGGAGAGCGGAUCGCAGCU